CUCCCCGCCAGAGCCAUGAGCGGCUGCCGGUACAAUGGGGGGGUGACACGGCCCCGGGGCCCCCUGAGCGCCUCCGUCCGCUCCCUGCACCCGCUCGAGGGGGAGACCCAGCCCCUGCGGCCCUGCCCGUCCCCCGGCCUCGAGGUGGUGGUGUCGCGGCCGGAGCAGCCCGGGGGUCCGGAGCCCGGCCCGGCGGCGGCCCCGGGGCAGGAUGGGGCUGAGGAGCGGGGAGGGGAACCCCGGAGGAACCAGAACAUCGGGUACAAGCUGGGCCACCGGCGAGCCCUCUUCGAGAAGCGGAAGCGCCUCAGCGAUUACGCCCUGAUCUUCGGGAUGUUCGGCAUCGUGGUCAUGGUCACGGAGACGGAGCUGUCCUGGGGGGUCUACACCAAGGAGUCGUCGUAUUCGUUUGCACUGAAAUGCCUUAUCAGCCUCUCGACCCUCAUCCUCCUGGGGCUCAUCGUCAUGUACCACGCCAGGGAGAUCCAGCUGUUCAUGGUGGACAACGGCGCCGACGACUGGCGCAUCGCCAUGACCUACGAGCGCAUCUUCUUCAUCGCGCUGGAGCUCAUCGUGUGCGCCAUCCACCCCAUCCCCGGGCAGUACCUGUUCACCUGGACCGCCCGCCUGGCCUUCACCUACGCCGCCUCCGUGGCCGACGCCGACGUGGACAUCAUCCUGUCCAUCCCCAUGUUCCUGCGGCUCUACCUGAUCGGGCGCGUGAUGCUCCUGCACAGCAAACUCUUCACCGACGCCUCGUCCCGCAGCAUCGGGGCCCUCAACAAGAUCAACUUCAACACCCGCUUCGUCAUGAAGACCCUCAUGACCAUCUGCCCCGGCACCGUCCUGCUGGUGUUCAGCAUCUCCUCCUGGAUCAUCGCCGCCUGGACCGUCCGCGUCUGCGAGAGGUACCACGACAAGCAGGAGGUGACCAGCAACUUCCUGGGGGCCAUGUGGCUGAUCUCCAUCACCUUCCUGUCCAUCGGCUACGGGGACAUGGUGCCGCACACCUACUGCGGGAAGGGCGUCUGCCUGCUCACCGGCAUCAUGGUGAGCGCCGCGAAGCUGAGGAGUGUGAAGAUGGAGCAGCGGAAGCUCAACGACCAGGCCAACACUCUGGUGGACCUGGCCAAGACCCAGAACAUCAUGUACGACAUGGUCUCGGAGCUGCAGGAGCGCCACGAGGACCUGGAGAAGCGACUGGGAGCCCUGGAGAGCAAACUGGAGGCGCUGGGGCUGAGCCUGCUGGCCCUGCCCGGGCUGGUGAGCCAGGCCCUGGGCCAGCAGCAGAGGGAGCUCCUGGGGGCUUGGCCCCCCCGGCUCUGCUCGGCCACGGCCCCCUGCACCCCCACCCGCGCCCCCCGUGCCCCUGCCGGAGCCCCCCCCGCCUCUGACAGCGGGUGAGGGGGUGGGGGGUGCUGGGGGCACCCCCGGGUGCCCUUUUACAACCCCCUCCACCCCCUUGGACGGCGGGUGAUGGGGAGGGGGCUGUGGGGGCACCCCCGGGUCCUCCUCUGUCACCUCCUCCCUCUUCGGACAGCGGGUGAUGGGGGGGCACCCCCAGGUCCCCUUGCACCCCCACCCCCACCAAGGACAGUGGGUGAGGGGGUGGGGGGGUUAUGGGGGCACCCGCAGGUCCCCCUUUGUCACCCCCCCACCUCCUCAGACAGCGGGUGAUGGGGAGGGGGGGUCUGGGGGGGCCCCUCUUAUGUCUGGCCAUCGUGUGGCUGAUUUCAGUAGCUUUGUUCUGUAAAGCCCUGUAUAAAUUUCCUGCGUUCACUGUG